GCCAAAUCUGGACCGCAUAUAUAUAGGUCGUACGCAUUGAGUGUUUUGCUCCUUACCUUUUAAAGAAAGUCUUCUUUUUGGUUUCUGGGUUAUCAGUUUUCAUUUCUUUAAGAAGAAAUCUCUCUACAAAUCUCAGUUUCUAUUACUUAUCUGUUUGGCGUUUUAACCCGCGUGUCCACAAGAACAGAGCAAGAAAAGAAAAACCAGAGAAUUUAAGACAGAGAAGCUUCUCUCAUGUAUGUCUUUGCUUUCAAUGGGUCUUUAUCCAUGUGUAAAGAUAUUGCCGGAAUCGCAGGCAAUAUAUUUGCAUUUGGGCUGUUCGUUUCACCAACGCCAACGUUUAGGAGAAUCAUGAGGAACAAAUCUACCGAGCAAUUCUCGGGUUUACCAUACAUUUACGCUCUCUUGAACUGCUUAAUCUGCCUUUGGUAUGGCACACCUUUCAUAUCACACAGCAAUGCCAUGCUUAUGACUGUCAAUUCUGUUGGAGCCACUUUCCAGCUUUGCUACAUUAUCCUCUUCAUCUUGCAUACCGAUAAGAAGAACAAGAUGAGAAUGCUUGGUUUGCUUUUUGUGGUGUUUGCUGUGGUUGGAGUGAUUGUAGCUGGAAGUUUGCAGAUACCUGACCAGCUCACACGAUGGUACUUUGUCGGGUUCUUGAGCUGCGGUUCUCUUGUCUCGAUGUUUGCCUCACCUUUGUUUGUUAUUAACCUAGUGAUUCGGACUAAGAGCGUUGAGUUUAUGCCGUUUUAUCUCUCUCUAUCGACUUUCUUGAUGAGCGCUUCCUUCUUCCUUUACGGGUUAUUCAACAGCGACGCCUUUGUUUAUACACCAAAUGGAAUAGGAACCAUUCUUGGUAUAGUGCAGCUGGCUUUGUACUGUUACUACCACAGGAAUUCGACAGCAGAAGAAAUAAAAGAGCCUUUGAUUGUUUCUUACGUGUGAAAUUAGCACAAAGAAGCAAAUCUACUGUGGGGAAAAAAAAAACCAGGAGAUGUGGUGACAUCAAGAUUCUUUGUUGUUAUUGUUGUUGUCUACUUUUGUGUAGCUUCUUGUAACUAUAUCUACCGGCUUUCGUUCUCUCAUGGCGCGAAGAUGUUUAUCCUCUCGGCUUCUGGUCAUGAUCGAAGGAUGGAGUUAUUUUUCAGUUUUGAUGGCUCAUUUGCUGAAGAUGAUCUGAAGACAAAUGACAGAUUCACUGGUGUGAGAGUUUUGUUGUUUGUGUGAUGCAAAUCUAUGGUGGGUCAAUUUGAAGAACCUGUGUCCAUAUAUUGUUUGUUUUUUUCUUUUUCCUUUUUCAUGAAAUUCUAUUUGUUUGUUCAUAAGAUUUUGUUUCUUUGAGAUGUAAAUCUCUGGUGGGUUGAUAGUUUGAAGAACAAUGUCCAUAUAAUGCUUGUUUUCUGUA